CAGACACCUCGUCGCUAAGGACAGUAUUUGGAUACUUCCACAGACCUUAUUAAACAAACGUAUAGUAGCCAAUACUCUAGACUUGUUUUGUGAAAAUAAAGACACCUAGCCCUGUUUUUUUUUUGUUUUUGUUUUUUUAAAUAAGUUAAACUGAUGUUUGAAGAAACGAUGCAAGACGAAUCCAGCUCCCCGGUGUCUCCAGUGGACAGCCUUAGCAACAGUGAAGAAGAACUGGACAGGCAGCAGAAAAUAUGUGGGAGGAAAAGGAGACCGAGCAGAAAAAAUGGGGAGGAUUCAGAUAGCCCUACCCCUGGGAAAAGAGGAAAGAAAUCCAACAGUAGCAGCCCGCAGUCUUUCGAAGAACUUCAGACCCAGCGAGUUAUGGCUAACGUACGGGAACGACAGCGAACACAGUCCCUCAACGAAGCCUUUUCUUCCUUACGGAAAAUUAUACCCACCCUGCCUUCUGAUAAACUCAGCAAAAUUCAGACGCUCAAACUGGCAGCCAGGUACAUCGACUUCCUCUACCAAGUACUACAGAGCGAUGAACUGGACUCCAAAAUGGCAAGUUGUAGUUAUGUGGCUCAUGAGAGAUUAAGCUAUGCCUUUUCAGUAUGGAGGAUGGAGGGCGCUUGGUCCAUGUCUGCAUCUCACUAGCGUCUGGGAAAAUAGCGCAACAUGGUAGCAACUGGUUUCCAUUUACCUAUCAGAGAUUGGGAGUCUGGAGUCUGAAGUUGGAUAUGUACAAACCUGAUGCAGGGUUUUCUUAGGGGAUAUGAAGAUAUUAAACCCAAAGAGCACAGGGCUUGGGGAGCACUUACAGAAAAAAAGGCCAUGGACACUGAACAAUGACAUGUGCGGCUACACAAUCUAAAACUCUACAUUCUGAUCUAUAUUAUUUGAAACAUUUGUAUCUGACGAUGAAUGAUGGAACUUUCUUCGUUACUAUGCAUGCCUUCUGACCAGUGCCUAUCUUCUAUGGAGAAGAAAGCAUAAAAAGAUGGUCUUUCAAUGUAGAGGCUGUCCAUGAAAACAUUUUCUAGCCAUAAAAAUGUUUUUAAAACUAGGUUCUUACCUGUUAUACAAAACAUUAGGUACAUGACCCUACUAAAAUACAUUUUAUUUAUUUAUUGAUGACCUAUGUUCUAAUGCAGAAUAGAUCAGGUGUCUAUAAAUGCAUUCUUAUUAUUAUGAUUGUUUGUAAAUAACUUUGUAUAUUUUUCUGCAAUAAAAUAAAAUAUGAUUUAAAACUUAA